AUGUCCCCUCUCUCACUGGCGACCGGUCAAUCUCACACCAAAACUAGUUCUAACUACGAGUGGGCCGAAUUACGUGGUAGGGGAUCGUCGGGGAGACUUCCCCUCGGAGCAACUGCAUGGCGAAGACACGUGCAUGUCCACCUGUCGAACUCUGACAACGACGGCGAGCUCUACGUGUCGCGACGAACAGGUCGAGGGCCAUCUAUAUAUGGCCAGGUAGUCCUCCGUUUUCUCAUCCCAUCCCAGUGCCGAGAAAGCUUAUCUUGUUGCGACUGUUUCGACGAGGAGGAUUCGGAGAGGAGGCCAUGUCGUCCCACGAGGAGCAGAUUCACGCCAAGGCCGGGGAGACCAAGGGCCAGGCUCAGGUAACGGGCACACACGUCCCUUCUCUCCUUCUUCUCCUUGCGCCGCCGUCUCCUCCUCCUCCUCCGCCGCCGCCGCUACCCCUGAGGAGGAGCUGA